AUGUUACCUAUUGUUCUCGCUAUUUUCACCAUUGUAAUUACUGUCCAGCAACAGAGCAUCACCAGAAAACAACGCGCCGAAGAUCAAAAGAUCGGUUUCGAACAGGUGCAAUUAGAGAAAGAACUAGCUGAUAAGCAGUACCAAAACGACAUUUUUGAGACUUAUAUCAAUGACAUUGGUCAUUUCUUAAUUGAAACAAACAGUACUCUCGCACCGACUGUAACGAUUGCUUCUCUUAUACGUGCCAAGACUUUGAAUGUGCUUCGCCAUCUCGAAACUCAUCGAAUCGCUCGCAUCAUUUUCUUUCUCUACGAAGCCAAUCAGCUCUCCACAGUACAUCAACAUGCAGCACUAGAUCUUUCAACAGCUGAACUUUCUCACAUCAACUUCAGUCAGUUUGCUAUGCACCGAAAAACUCUUGACCAACUAUCACUUACCGGUGUCAUUUUCAAUAAUGUCACGUUCACGAAUGUUCGCAUGACAAACACAAAUUUCUCUGAUACUCGUUUCGAAAACGUCGACUUUUCACAUGCAGUAAUGGAUGGAAGUGACUUCUCAUUUGCUCGGCUUGUGAAUGUGACAUUUUCAUAUGCAACACUACGCAAUGUGAACUUCAGCUAUAGUGAAAUGGAAAAUGUUCAAUUUGUGUCCACUAGAUUACGGGUGGCUAACUUUUCAUUUACUUCUUUAAGCCAUAUUAGUUUCUCGAAUUCUUCGAUGGUAGAAGUCACAUUUUCAUCCGCCGUACUUCAUCAUCUCACCUACUCACUAGCCAAUAUACGUAAAGCAGACUUUUCAGCAACUCAGACCACGAAUUUGUCGUUCUCAUCCACCAUCUUGACUGCAACUAAUUUUGCCAAUGCAAACCUAUCAAACACUACGUUUCAGCGAGCUCAAUGUAUCGGAGCUCAUUUCCUACAAGCCAUUCUGUCAUCCUGUGACUUAUCGUUUGCUAAUGCAAAGGCUGCCAUGUUUGUCAGAGCAGAUCUUUUCGAUGUGAACUUCACUCUCACCAAUCUUCACAAAAGUGACUUCAUGGGUAGUGAUGCAACAAUAGACAUGUUGACGCAGGCUCUGACGGUUCACGAUGCUCGAUUUUCUAAUGGAACACUUCUGCAUGAUGUAAAUCUGAUUAGUGAUGGCAGAGCCAAGUGUCACGGCUCGUUGACUGAUCACUGGACACUAGAAAGUGGAAACAUCAGCAUUGUAAGGUGGAAUACACAUGAGAAUCACUGUUACUUUGCUUUACAACCAUCGAACAGUACGGGUGUGAUGAUACAAAACAUUGUUUUGUCAAAGAUACGGAAUGAGACGGCAGAAAAAAGAGAGAAGCGAUUAGUGUUGAAUGGGAAUGUGAGUGUUGGCGUGUGGAUUGAAGUGAGAGGAUUGACUGGAGAAGGACGUGUAGUUGAUGAACAAGUGUUGCAUUGGAAUGGUACAAGUGUGAGUUUGUCGUUGGAUGAUGAAAUGGAAACGGUGAAAGUAAGUGUGAUUUUUAGUGGAGUAAUAGUUGGUGAUGAUGGUAAUGGUGGUGAGAUGGAGAAAAGAUGGUGUGAUGCGGUUGAAGCAUACAUGGAUUAUGAUAAUGAGCUUGAAGAUUGGCAAAUACCGUUACCUAAUAUUGCUUAUAAUGCGAGAUGGGAGGGGCAUGGGAAAACGAUUGCUGGUGGGAAUGAAUCGGGAUCAAAUACGAAUCAAUUAUCGGGACCUUAUGGCCUUUGUUUUGAUGAUCUUCAGCACCUCUACAUAGCUGAUUAUAACAAUCAUAGAGUUUUGAUGUUUCGAAGCAACGCAACACAUGGCCAAGUGGUCGCCGGUGGGAGAGGACGAGGCAAUCGAUUUGAUCAGUUGAAUCGUCCUAUGGACUUGCUUAUUGAUAAGGAAACAGAUACGCUUAUCAUUUGUGACUCGCACAAUCGGCGUGUUAUGCAAUGGCCGCGCAUAAAUGGGAAGAGUGGAGAAAGAAUUGUGGACAAGAUAUAUUGUCGUGGGCUAGCUUUAGAUGCCCAAAGAUUUCUUUACGUGUCAGAUGGUAUCCGAAACUUAGUGAGACAAUAUCGGCUGGGCAAAUUGGACGGGAUGAUUGUAGCCGGUGGGUAUGGGUCAGGUGACAAACUCAACCAGCUCAACAGCCCAACAGGCAUAUUUAUUGACCGACAACAAUCGAUCUAUAUCUCAGAUAGUUUCAAUCAUCGCAUCGUCAAAUGGGCCAAAGGGGCGAAAGAAGGAAUAGUCGUAGCUGGUGGCCAUGGCAAUGGUACAAAUUUGACACAACUGAAUAAUCCUCGGCAAGUGAUUGUUGAUCAGAAUGGUACGAUUUAUGUUGCUGAUCAUGGAAAUCAACGAAUAAUGCGAUUUGAAGCAGGAGUAGCAGAGGGAAGUGUCAUCGUUGGAGAUAAGGGUUUCGGAAAUAGUUCAGACCAGUUUCGUUAUCCAACAGGUUUAUGUUUUGAUGGAAAUGGUUACAAAGUAUAUGUGCUACCCAUACCUAAAUCUGAAAAACCAAAACUAACAUUAUCCGUACCUGAAAAGCCGAUGCCGCAGGUAGACAACGUUGAGAAUUAUGUUCUUGUGUGGUUGGAUCAAUCCAACGGUGGUAAGGGUAAAAGUGGUGAAGAAUCAAAACGUCAACUUCAACAGGUGGUUAAUUGUGUGAAAAUAUUUUUGGAUCCUAAGACAUGUCAUGAAUUCAUGUCAAAUGUCAAAGACGUGAAGAUCUUUGUGAUCGUCUCGGGUGCAGUCGAAGAGGAUUUCGUUUCAAGUAUUCAUGAUGAAAAACAACUUGAAUCGAUCUAUGUCUAUUCUCCUGGGAAAGUUCAAGAAUCUUGGUUUAGUGAAUAUCAAGAAAUCACUGGUAUUUACACUACUAUACAUGCGUUGUGUGAACAGCUAAGCAAAGACGUAACAAGGCUCGAUCGUACGCUGUUAGGUUUUGAAAUGAUGGAACGAUCGAAGUCAAAGAAUGGAUCCGACGCUAGUCAACAAGAAGCGUCGUUUAUGUACGAUCAGUUGUUUCGAGACAUUGUUCUAUCAGUAACAGAUGAAGAUAUGCAAGAUAUAUCUCAAAACGACAUACUCAGCGGACACGUCUAUCUAUUGGUAUACUCGAGAUUCAUUCCUUUAUCGCAUGCUGAACAAAGCUCUUCGUACUCAUGA